UCGCGUCAUGUGGGGCGCCGGCGCAGAGAAGGAGAGAGGCGGGAACGCUGCGAGGCAAGGGCGGCCAGCUGGACUGAGGCAAACUUCGGCGAGGCCGUCGGAGUUUCCUGACGCGCGAUGGCUGCCCCCGCGGCAUAGAGACCCAGCUGCUCCGGCGAGCCCCAGGCUGUCGUCCUUCCGCGGUGUCCGACUGAGAGAGUUCUGGACACUUUGACCAUGUCGGUGCCUCUAGCCAAGCUGUCCUGCCCGGCAUAUCGUUGCCUUCAAACCUUAAAAUUUAAUAUUCUACCUCUGUGUGCUGCAAGAUGGUCUUCAACUUCUAUUGUACCUCGGAUUACAACCCACUAUACUGUUUAUCCCCGGGAUAAGGACAAGCGAUGGGAAGGAGUGAGCAUGGAGAGAUUUGCAGAAGAGGCAGAUGUGGUGAUCGUUGGUGCGGGCCCCGCAGGGCUCUCUGCUGCCAUCCGCCUGAAGCAGUUAGCUGCAGAGCACGGAAAGGACAUCCGCGUGUGUCUGGUGGAGAAAGCUGCUCAGAUAGGAGCUCACACACUCUCAGGAGCUUGCCUUGACCCAGGGGCUUUUAAAGAGCUCUUUCCAGACUGGAAGGAGAAGGGGGCUCCACUUAAUACUCCAGUAACAGAAGACAGAUUCGGAAUUUUAACAGAGAAAUACAGAAUUCCUGUGCCAAUUCUUCCAGGUCUUCCAAUGAACAAUCAUGGCAACUACAUUGUACGGCUGGGACAUUUAGUGAGCUGGAUGGGAGAACAAGCCGAAGCCCUCGGUGUUGAAGUGUACCCUGGUUAUGCUGCUGCCGAGGUGCUUUUCCAUGAAGAUGGUAGUGUAAAAGGAAUUGCCACCAACGAUGUAGGAAUACAGAAGGAUGGUGCCCCGAAGAUGACAUUUGAGAGAGGAUUGGAACUCCAUGCCAAAGUCACGAUCUUUGCAGAGGGUUGCCACGGACACCUGGCCAAGCAGCUCUACAAGACUUUCGACUUGAGGGCCAAUUGUGAUACCCAGACCUAUGGGAUUGGACUGAAGGAGUUGUGGAUCAUUGAUGAACAGAAGUGGAAGCCUGGGCGGGUGGACCACACUGUCGGCUGGCCCCUGGAUAGACACACAUACGGAGGCUCCUUCCUGUACCACCUCAAUGAAGGGGAGCCCCUCGUGGCUCUGGGCUUCGUGGUUGGUCUGGACUACCAAAAUCCCUACCUGAGUCCCUUUAGAGAGUUCCAAAGGUGGAAACACCACCCCAGCAUUCAGCCAACCCUGGAAGGUGGAAAAAGGAUUGCCUACGGAGCCAGAGCUCUCAAUGAAGGUGGCCUUCAGUCCAUACCGAAACUCACCUUUCCUGGUGGUUUACUAAUUGGUUGCAGCCCUGGUUUUAUGAAUGUUCCCAAGAUCAAAGGUACCCACACAGCAAUGAAAAGUGGAAGUUUGGCAGCAGAAUCAGUUUUUAAUCAACUAACUAAUGAAAAUCUCCAGUCAAACACAAUAGGACUCCAUGUAACUGAGUAUGAAGACAAUUUAAAGAAAUCUUGGGUAUGGAAGGAGCUGCAUUCUGUUAGAAAUAUAAGACCAUCCUGCCACGGAAUCCUGGGUGUAUAUGGAGGGAUGAUUUACACUGGAAUAUUCUACUGGAUAUUCAGAGGAAUGGAGCCUUGGACUCUAAAACAUAAAGGUUCUGACUCUGAUCAGCUCAGACCAGCCAAGGAUUGCACACCGAUCGAGUAUCCCAAGCCCGACGGCAAGAUCAGUUUUGACCUCUUGUCGUCAGUGGCUCUGAGCGGUACCAACCAUGAACAUGACCAGCCAGCGCACUUAACCCUGAAGGACGACAGCAUCCCGGUAAACAGGAACCUGGCAGUGUAUGAUGGGCCUGAGCAGCGCUUCUGCCCCGCAGGAGUUUAUGAAUUCGUACCCUUGGAACAAGGUGAUGGAUUUCGACUACAGAUAAAUGCCCAGAACUGUGUGCAUUGUAAAACAUGUGAUAUUAAGGAUCCAAGUCAGAAUAUCAACUGGGUGGUACCCGAAGGUGGAGGAGGACCUGCUUACAAUGGAAUGUGAACUGUAACUGAUUCUAUUUGUAGGCAUGUUUCAUAAUCAGAUUCUUUAAAAUGCAGAUGUGUGGCAAAACAACACAUAGCCAUCACAAAAUAAGUAUCAGUAAAAUAAAAAUUUUAUACAAUAUAUAACAUGGUCCCAUGAAAAUUAUGAAAUAUUUCUGUUAAGUAAAGCUUUAUAAACCUACUUAGUUCUUCAGAGAUUCCAGGCCUUUACAUCCAACUUGCUAAAUUUAAAUCAAGUAUAAAAAUUAAGACACUCUAGACCAGGGAUUGGCAUCCGGCUCAUCGCUUGUUAUGAAUAAAGUUUUAUUGACACACAGCCACUUCCACUGCUUACACAUUGUUACUAAGAAGUUACACUAGAGUUACAAUUGCAGAGCUGAGUAGUUGUGACAGACUAGAUGGUCCACAAAACCUGAACAUUUUACUGUCUGUCCUUUUGCAGCAGUGUCAGCCCCUGGAUGAGUGGUCUGUGUAUUAUGUACAAGUAUGUAACACCAGCACAGACUUAGCACAGAUACAUUACACAUUAAGAGAAUAAUACAUAAAUACAAACUCAAGCUCACACCUCAUUCAACAAGUUAUGACUUAGGAAUUUAAAACCAGGCUGGACACCAAACUGCAGAAAACAAUUACAAAAGAUCAACUUCACUGGCAUUUUGUAACAUUUUUUAUUAAGAGGGAGACAGUAUUUCUAAGCUGUAAACAAUGAACUGAAGUGUCAAAGGAAA